AUGUUCGUUGUUCAUUACCAAGAAUAUAUCAGAGGUGAAAAAAAUAUUGGUAGUGACCAAGGAAAAAUUGCGGAAGGAGCCCAAACUUUAACUGAGAUUGAGAAAAUUGAAAAAGCUAUUUUGGCCGAAGUCGAAGUUAAACUACACAAGAAAGGCAAAAGUCGGCAAGAAAAUCAAGAAUUAAAGCAAGCCAAAGAAGAACUAACCAAAGCCGAAAAAGAACACGAAGCAAGAAAGAAAACUUACGAAGAGGAAGAAAAAAAAUAUAAAGAGCGAAUUAUCUCACCAGCCAAAGACAUGGCUACAUUUUCUCCCGAAGAACAAAAAAUAAAUGAUGAUUACGGAAAAGCCAAAGCUUCUGAAGAAUCAGCCGAAAAUCAUCGCCAAGAAAAACUAAAAAAUGUUCGCGAAAAGGUCAUCGAAAAUAUUCAAGCCGAAUUAAAAGAAGCCGAACUAGCAAUCACUGACUUAAAUAUUGAAUUUACUAACGAAGAGACUUGA